CAAGCUAGAUAGUGCACUGGGAGAGAUGGGCAAGAUGAGGGUGGCCGUGGUUGGUGCUGGGGUAAGCGGGCUGGCGGCAGCACACGAGCUGGCGAGGAGCGGCGGCGCUAGCGUGACCUUGUAUGAGCAAGAGGAGCAUCUCGGCGGGAGCGCAUGCAGGACGGUGGCUGUGGACGGCGUCCACCUCGACCUAGGCUUCUUGCUCUUCAACCGGGUGACGUGCCCAAACAUGGUGGACUGGCUGGAAGGGCUGGGCGUGGAGAUGGAGAGAUCGGACAUAUCCAUGUCGGCGAGCACGCAGCUGGCCAGCGGUGGCAGGUGCGAAUGGGGCGGCGGCGGCGUCUCGGGGUUGCUCGCGCAGAGGAGCAACGCGCUCAGCCCCAGCUUCUGGCGCAUGGUCCGUGAGGUUUUCAGGCUGAAGACCGACGCCCUGAGGUACCUGGAAGACCAUGAGGGCAACCUCGAUCUCGAGAGGAGCGAGACCCUGAGGCAGUUUGUCAAGUCGCAUGGCUACUCCCAGUUCUUCCAGGAGGCUUACCUGAUUCCAGUGUGUGCAUGUCUAUGGUCCUGCCCGUCUCAAGAUAUAUUGGGCUUCCCUGCUUUCUUCGUGCUAUCAUGUUUAAGGGAUCAUCAUCUUCUCGAGCUGUUCGGUCGCCCCCAAUGGCUUACUGUAAAGGAUGGUUCACAGUCCUUCGUAAACAAGGUCACGGGCGAACUGGAAAGCAUGGGUUGCAGGAUUAAAACCAGCUGUCAAGUCAAAUCUGUUUCUUGUUUCGACGGAGGUAAUUAUUGCAGAGUACUGCAGGCUGACGACUCGGAGGAGGCGUACGACAGAAUCGUACUUUGUGUUGCUGCACCUGGUGCUCUAAAACUAUUAGGGGCUGAAGCCACCCAACAAGAGCUGAGAAUUCUAGGUGCUUUCCAUUAUGUGUGCAGUGAUAUAUACCUCCACCGUGAUGAAAGUUUUAUGCCAUUGAAUUUGUCGGCAUGGAGCGCCUUGAACUACUUGAAAACAUCGAGCGGGGGUACCUCCGCUACAUACUGGCUAAACCUGCUCCAGAUCAUAGAAUCUGCCGGCACACCUUACCUAGUCACGUUGAAUCCUUCUAAUGUCCCGGACCAUGUCUUGCUCAAAUGGAAUGCUAGCCACCUUGUUCCCUCCAUUGCUGCUGCAAAGGCUUCUCUUGAGCUUCACUGUGUCCAAGGGAAUAGAGGAAUAUGGUUCUGCGGGGCAUACCAAGGUUAUGGCUUGCAUGAAGAUGGAGUUAAGGCUGGGAAAGCAACAGCUCAAGGUUUGCUUGGGAAGCAAAGCAUCCUUUUGUCGAACCCAAAACAGAUGGUUCCAUCAUGGACCGAGGCCGGGGCACGCAUUUUGGUAGCAAGAUUUCUCAACCAAUUCAUAACCCUCGGUAACUUGAUCUUGCUGGAAGAAGGAGGCACCGUGUUCAACUUUGGCAAAGCAGGCCCGAAAUGUCAUGUGAAAUGUGUCCUUCAAAUACAUGACCCUCUCUUUUAUUGGAAGGUUGCAACCGAAGCAGACCUGGGAUUUGCAGAUGCCUACAUUAACGGUUAUUUCUCUUUUGUUGAUAAGAGGGAUGGGCUUUUGAAUCUUUUCUUGAUUUUCAUUUCUAACAGAGAUGCGCACAAGAGAUGUGUGAGUGUUAGUAGUAAAAGGGGUUGGUGGACACCUUUGCUUGUAACAGCAGGGGUUGCAUCUGCUAAAUAUUUUCUUCGCCACGUCUCAAGGAAGAAUACUGUGGCACAAACUCGCCAAAACAUCUCUCAACACUAUGAUCUGAGUAAUGAUUUCUUCUCUCUAUUUCUGGAUCCAACGAUGACCUACUCUUGUGCCAUUUUCAAGGUGAACAACGAAAGCUUUGAAGAGGCCCAACUACAUAAAGUUGGCCUUCUAAUCGACAAGGCAAACGUGGAGAGGAACCAUCACGUUCUUGAAAUUGGCAGCGGUUGGGGCACAUUAGCUAUAGAGGUGGUGAAGCAAACCGGAUGCAAAUACACAGGGAUUACCUUAUCUGUGGAGCAACUUAAAUAUGCCAAAAGGAAAGUGAAAGAAGCCGGUUUAGAGGACCACAUAACUUUCUUCUUGUGUGACUACCGGCAAGUACCAACUGAUGUCAAAUAUGACAGGAUUAUAUCUUGUGAGAUGAUUGAAGCAGUUGGUCAUGAAUACAUGGACGAGUUCUUUGGCUGUUGUGAGUUCCUUUUGGCCCAAGAUGGAAUACUUGUCCUCCAGUUCACCUCGAUUCCAGAAGAACGGUAUGAUCAAUACAGGAGAAGUUCAGAUUUUAUAAAGGAAUACAUCUUCCCAGGGUGUUGCAUUCCUUCCUUGGCCCGGGUCACAUCUGCGAUGGCCGCGACAUCGAGGCUCAGCAUUGAAUGGGUUGAGAACAUAGGGGACCAUUAUUAUCCAACGCUAAUGCACUGGAAGGGCAAUUUCAUGGAAAACAAAGAUAAAAUUUUGGCUCUGGGGUUUGAUGAUAAGUUCAUCCGUAUAUGGGAGUACUAUUUCGUCUAUUGCAUGGCUGGUUUUAAGACUAGGACACUUGGGAACUACCUGAUUGUGUUUUCUCGACCCGGCAACGACAAGCUAGAACGCACACAUGCAAUGAAGGAAGCCUAGUUGGUUGAGCUGUCACAUACACAAUACUUAUCCACAACAAUUCUUAUGAGCAUAUGCUAAGUCGUGUCAUGGAGCGAAUUUGAAAUUGUCAGUCGUUUACUCUAUAUGGUGUAAGUUUGUUGUGGUGUGACUUGUGUGUGUACCCACUCUAAAGGGAUAGUUUUUGUACCUUCUCAGAAUAACACUAGGAGCUUGCAUUUGUCAUACGAUCUUCAAAGUUAUGUGACUCAAUUAUAUUUACUCAACCGUUUGUUGUUGUUAUC